GUAAAAUUUCCUUCUACAUUCUUCACAUACAGCUGUAGUCAAGCUCAUUAGUACCUAUUUACACGAUAUGGACAGCAUGUCUAACACCAAGGGUGGAAAUGCUGGGUCUUCCACCAACGACAACACCGGUCAUGAUAGCUUGUCUUCGCCUGGUCGCACUAUCGAUAGCUCGACCGGCCAUCUUUCACACUCUUCGAUUGAGUCCUCAGAUAGUUCCGGCGCAAGCAUUGGUGACAAGACAUCUAAAGCUAGGACCUACGAUGAGGAUUCUGUGGUGCGUGGGGGUUUCUAUGCGGACCCGUCGACUAACGAAUCGCUUGAUACUGGCCUAAAGACAGCUACUGCGUGGUCGUCGAAUUUCUGGCUGAAACCGGAGCCCGUCGUGCCAGAUACCCCCGAACGUAUUCCAACUGGUUACACCAUUUCUGAACCCGGAUCGAUCGUCGAGGGGAGCGGGAGAACGUACAAUGGUUAUAGGGAAGGGAAGUAUCUACUUCCAAAUGAUGGUGCGGAACAAGAUCGCCUAGAUUUCCAACAUGAAAUAUUUCGCAUUGCCUUCGAUGGUGCUCUCACCCUAGCACCGAUUGGGGAGCCAAGCCGUGUUCUAGAUAUUGCCACGGGAACCGGAAUAUGGGCAUUCGAAUUCGCCGAAAGCUACCCAAACUCCCAAGUUGUUGGGACAGACUUGAGUCUCAUUCAGCCUCCGAGAAAUAUACCCAAUUGUACAUUUGUGCGCGAGGACUCCGAGGAGCUUUGGGUCCACGGUUUCAAGUUCGACUACAUCCACAUGCGACAGGUCUGCACCUGCUUCGACAACGACAUGGCGGUCAUUCAGCAAGCCUUUAACCACCUCAAUGAAGGGGGAUGGAUGGAGAUCCAGGAUGGGUACCUCGAGCUAAAUUCGAUCGACGGCACGACAGAGGGUACCAGCCUACAGCGAUUUAUUGAUCUCGUCCAUUCCGGGUUUCGAGCAAUGGGUAGAGAUCUUCUCAAAGCCAAGUAUUACAAGAAGUGGCUUAUACAAGCGGGAUUCGUUGAUAUCUGCGAAAAGCGACUGCCUGUUCCCAUCAACCCCUGGCCACAAGAGCCCAGAUUUAAAAACCUCGGGAGAUAUCAGAAUGCAAACUUUCACCAAGCGGUGGAAGCUAUUUCUUUGAAGACACUUCCGAAGGCCGGCUUAUCGCAAGUGGAGGCCCGGGAUCUCAUGGCGCAGGCCGAUAGGGAUCACAACAACCAAGCUAUACAUGGAUACUGCUCGAUAUACGUGGUUUAUGGCCGGAAGCCAUGUGCGUGGGAGAUUUCUUCGCAAAAGUUACCAUCGGCAUUAAAUCAGUGACCGAUAGAUCUUUGUUAUGUUGCACAGGAAUCCUACAAGCAGCCUUUCCUGCCCGCUAGCUCACAGCUAAAAAGAAAUAUUGCACCUGGCUACAGCGAUAAAACUAAGACAAUGGGAUUUGGGCCGAGGAUAAACUCAAAUCAGGAAUACCCCAGUAGAUGUCAUAACGCGGAUGUAGAUAGCUGGCUUUAUGUAAGACUUUAUUAAAGUUAAUGUACUCCAG